CUGCCCUCCUGCCAAAAUUGUGCUAGUUUAAGAAUGGAGGCAUACAGGUUUGACGUCAUCUCCUAUCACACUUUCCCCCACAAUUGCACCUUGGCAAUCAAUGGUUGUGUGAUGUGCACUGCUAAAUGCCAUUCUCUGUGGCGCGGGGCUGCUGCAUGCACAUUCACGCAAAAGCCCUGCACUUCUGGGACGGUGGCGGGGGAGUGUUCGCAGCUGCCAAUGGCCUCCUGAAAUUCACGGUGUCACCGCACUUCUCUGGCGCUGUGUGUGCACAAUGCAGCAGUGAAGGAGAACCAUAUAGCCACAGUGCCAUAGCUCUUGCGCCCUUUCCAGGGUACAAAAAGAAGCAGCUUUUUGCAGCUCCUUUUUGUGCCCUGGAAAGGCCAGAUUGGGGCUGUGGCAUGUGGUUGCUGUGGCCCUGAUCUGGCUGAAAAAGGUGCGGCUGUGUGUAGAGCAACUAAGUGAACUGAAGUCAAUCCUUUCCUUGGGCAUUUGGCCUGAACACCAAGUGGUUUUCAGAUAUUUCCUGAUUGUCAUGAAUUUCGACUCCCCCUUGUCACUGUUUCGAGAACCUGCCACACUAAACUAUGGCCUUUUCCCUCAGCCAUGUGGGCUGACUUUCCAGCCGCCGACCCAGCAAUGCCUCCAUGCUGCCUGCUUCCUUCUCCCAGGCCCCACUCCUGCCCACAUGCUCUGCCUCUGUUCCUUCCUCCUCCUUGCUUUGCACAUUGUUUCGGCUAAUGCAGAAGAAGCCAUUGCAGCUGAUUUAUGGCAUUAACUGGAGGAAGAGGGGAUGGAUUUGAGUUUUGCACAUCAGCUCAAAAGAGCAGAGAUGGAUGAGGUGGGAGUUGUGGUCUUGGAGGGUGGGUGGGUUGGAGAGACCGUGAUGGGUCUUGACAGCUGCCCUUGGAAGUCAUCUGCAGAAUCCAGGCUCCUACGCUGCUGUGUCUCCGGUGCAGCCCUUAAGGGAGGAGAAGAGCCGGGAAGAGAGACAGAAGGGACUCAGAACUGCUGACAUGGACUCUUAUCUCUUCGCACCCCUCCCAAGCCAUGCGCAGAGAACAGAAACACAAAUCCCUUUAACACCAUGCAAUUUCUUUCCCAAAUCCUAUGGGCCUCAUUGCACUCCAGUUCUCAGCCUUCCUAACCUGGGGCGAAAUGAACUUUUCAUGUCCCACUUUGCAAGAGCGGAAGAACCGCAUGGCAGGAAAGCGAUAGUGUGAUAUAGACUCCAACUGUCCCGGUUUUGGCAGAGACGGUCCCAAAUCAUCCUCUAUCUUCCUACUUUUUCACCUGCUUCUCAAAUGCCCUGGUUUGGCUCUUCUCACUUUCCCUCUUUCUUGUGGAAUCCUGGGGUUUGUAGCUUUGAGAGGUACAAAUUCUCUAGUCACUAGUGCAAUGCUCCUCGCGCAUAUUUGAGCAAUUCUUUCUUACUAAUGUGCUUCUUCCAACAGUUUGUUUCUUCCUAAUGUGCCACAGGCUGAUCGCAUAUUUCUGCCAAUUGGCUGCAGUUUUUUCCUUUUUUCUUGAAACUUUGGAAGAGGUUUUUUUUGGAAAGUCUUGGAAACACAGAGCAGCAUCCAGAGACUCAUGACCUGCCCUCUCCAACAAUCCUGAUUUGACAGAGACGGUCCUAAUACACUCUUCCUUUUGCAGCUGCUUUUAAAUUGUCACAUAGAAGAUGGAGCAAGCUUGUUUUCUUCUGAACCAGAGACUAGAGGACAAACCAAUGGAUUCCGAUGACAAGAAAAGAAAUUCCACCUAAACAUCUCGAAGAACUUGUUGACUGUAAGAGCUGAUUGACAGAAGAAUAGACUGCUUUAGAGUUCCAGCAUCAAGCACUAAAUCACCUUCCUUGGUUGUUGCGGCUGCCCAAGGAACUCCGCACGAUUCCAAUAAAGUGGCACCUGUCUAAAGCACCUAUUCUUGCGCUGAAGAUUGCUUUGGAAGCCUGACUCCUUCCCCUAUUCUUUGCCACUGAAGGCUUUUCACCACCCGUUGUAUUCCACAAUGGCCCUGUUCUCUGCUGAUUUAAAAGCCAAGAGGUGGAAAACGGAGGAGAAGGAAAAGUAGAUGACGGCUUUGACAGAUUAAAAGCUUGCCAUGGGGCCUUCCUUGCGGUCGGUGGAAGGGGAUGGAGGCCCACCCAACGCAACUUGCUCCAAGUUUGGCCAGCUUUGGAUAGAAGGGCUUCUCAAGGCUCCCAGAGCAUCAUCAUCACCAUCACCAUCAUCACCAUCAUCACCAUCAUCAUCAUCAUCAUCAUCAUCAUCAUUGUAUUUCCAGCAAGCAAACAGCAGAACAGCAACAGAAGUCCCGGUUGGAUCCACGAGGACUGAAGGCCCUGGGAAAGCUGGCAAAGAGAUGUGCUUCAUUUCUGAGGAGCCUCCAGGGUCCCAAGGAGAGGCUGGAUGUGAGCGAAAGCAGCGGCUUGGAAGAAAUUCCAAGGGCCAACGUACCUCCAGUGAAAACAAAUGCCUUGAUUUUUCUCUUACGGAGCCCCAGUGCUGGACCUUGGACAUCGCUACGUAUUCAUGGUGGCUUUGGAGGAACCCAAGAAGAGUACAUUAUAAAAAUGCAGAUGUCGAAGCAAACUCCUAAUGUCUGGGGGAUGGUAAAGCUGCUGCUUUAGAAAUGGCAACUCAGACACCAUCACAAAACGUUUCGACACGGCGUGUGCAUGUGCGUUUCUGCAUGGAAAUGUCCUUUUCAGUCUCUGCUGUUUCCAGGACAAGCCUGUCAUUACAUUUGCAUCUGGAAUACAUUUGUGGGUGCCAUCUAACAUUCCCACAUCUGCAUGGCAUGCAGAUGCGUCUUCUUAGUUUUCCUUUUUUAGGGGUGCGUGUGUGUUUCCUUUCCAAAGCGAGAGGAAAGGCUCGGGGUUGGCGGGCGGCUGUUUUUCCAAAAGCAGACGUCGAUUACAACGUGGAAGAAUUUUAAUUUGUUAUUUGGAGGGGAAACUGGAACAUGCCUGCUAGCGUCGAAACGCCAGCCUGCGUCAAAAGGGUUUGCAUUAUUUCUAGGAACUGUGAUUUGGUUUAAACUCCAGCAAGCCUCAAGAAACCUUUUUGUCAUUGACCCAUCUCCCGCUGGAGGGAACGACGGACCAUUUGAUGAUGGGCAUCUAGUGCGCUUUGGACAGUGUUGAACAAAUCGGAGCCUCCUGCUCUCUUGCAUUUUUAUUCUCUGGUGCAUCUGGUGAAUCUGCUUUAGGUCUUAUUCCCGGCUCUAAAGGAGCUAUCCAAGUGCUGAACCCUCUCUCCAAAACAGGUUCACACUUUGGAUAGCUCUUUUCAAAUCUUAAAGCCACUAUGCCCCCAACAUGGGCACCUUUGGCUGUCCCUGGUACUUAGGGGCAAUUCAUAGUUUUCAUGGCCUUCUAAGGUCCAAUUUGCACUGCAGAAAUGAUGCACGUUGACAUCACUUUAAGUGCUGCUGCUCCAUCUGAUAGAAUUCUGGGAUUUGUAGUUUUGUGAGAUAUUAAGACCUCUCUGUUGGAGAGCUCUGGUCCCACAACAAACUACAAAUCCCAGGAUUCCAUGGCAGUUAAAGCAGUGCCAAAUUGGACUGUUUCUGCAGUAUGGGUGCAGCCUGCAUUGGCUGUCUGGCUACCAUAGACUGCCCAAAAGACAAAUAAAUGAGUCCUUAGGCAAAUCAGGCCUAAACUCACAUUAGAAGCCAAAACGACUAAACUGAGACUAUUAUAAUUCGUACAGAUCAUGGCAGGGCAUGACUUACUGGAGAAGACAACAAUACCAGGGAAAGCAGAAGGCAGUAGGAAAAGAGGAAGGCUACAAUACAGGUUCAUUGACUCCAUCUAGGAAGCCACAGCCCAAAGUUUGCAAGGCGUGAGCAGGACUGUCAACCAAAUGUUAGGAAGAAUGUCUGGAUGGUAUGAACCAUUCAACAGUGUCAUAGACUGCCUUGGAGGGUGGUAGGUUCUCCUUCGUUGGAGCUCUUUAAACAGAAGUUGGUGUCCACCUUCUUGGGAGUGCAUUAGUUGCAUAUUCCUGCCGAACGGGGUUGAACUAGAUGACCCUUGAGGUUCCUUCCAACUCUUAUGAAUCUGUGGUCUCUCACUGACAAUACUGUCAAAAGUUGGUGGGCUUGACAGCCCAUAACAACAGGUUACUAUAUUGGAACUUGAUGUUUCAUCCCCUUUCCUAAUGAUUCCCAGUGUGGGAUCCCUGGCUAGGCUGACAUUUUCAUUGGAGCAUGACUAGAGAUGGAAAGAAAAACCCGUUGUUAUUCAUUUCCCCUUUGAGAAAAGGGUUUUUCAAUGGUUGAGAAGAAUAACACAACAGUAAGAGCUUUGUGCGGUUGUUUUUCUCCUGGUAACCACACAUCCUGAAGUGUUCUGCACAGACAUCUAUGUGGUUUUUCCCCUGCCUUUAAAAAUGCAUGUGUAUUGUUGGGGGGGGGGGGGGUUGCAUAGAAAACGUGGGUUGGCGUUUUGCUUGGUGCUUGCAUAAGCGGCCUUACAUGUGCAGAUAAGAGGACCGAACAGUUUUGCCAUAAUGUCACAAUGUAUGGGCAUCCAUUGGACACUGGUAGCCAGUGGAGUGACUGAUGGACCAUGACCCAUGUGCAAUGGCCACCAAUGGACAUUAGGCUGCUUGCCAGCGCGCAUAGGGAUACUGGGCAUGGAAGUGCCAGAACCCAAAGGGAGUGCCUGCUGUGCAUCAGACAUGCCCAUCAAAGCAUUCUUGCUGGUGCCUAGGUAGGCACUGUCACAACUUCCCAAAACGUUUCUCUUGCAUUUUGGCAACUUAGUUGUUCUUACUGUGUGCCUUCAAGUUGUUUCUGAUUUAUGGCAAACCUACGGUUCACCUUUCAUAGGGAUUUCUUGGAGGGGGCUUGCCAUGGCCGUCCUCUGAGGCUGAGAGAGUGUGAUUUGCCCAGGGACAACAAAAUGGAUCUCAUGGCUGAGCAGGGAUUUGAACCUUGUUCUCCAGAGUGCUGCUCAAGCUACUACAUCAUGCUGGAUGUCUGGCAACAUGGAUGCAUAAAGUUAUGCACCAUCGGCCAUGACGCAUAAUCUUGGCUAUGGGCAUUAUGUGCAAAAACAUUCCUUCACGCAACUGUCUGCCCAACCUGGAUUUCUGUUCCUGGUGGAAGAAGGCAACCUCCAUCCUCCUGCCUUGAUCUCCCAAUGACUGAACUGGUCACUAUACUCACAAGUUUUGCAUUUCUGUUGCAUUUUCCUAGGCCCUUCACUCCAUGCAUCUGAGGAAGUAAGUCAAGUCUACCAAGGUUUAUGCUACCAACUUGAGAGAGGCAAUGGCAAACCUGCUCUUUCUCUCAUUUAGUCUCAACAGUCUUACAAGAUUUGCAAGUAAUUCCCUUGAGUACUUUGGGAUGUGCAAAUGCACAUUUUUUUGUGGACAUCCUUGAAUGCAAGGGUAAAACAGACAAAACUUUGCAUUCCUAUGAUUCUUCCAAAUCCCUGCCAGGAUUCUUCUUUCAGGGUUGUGUCUAAGUUUUGCAAAUGUUAUAUACCCCCAUACAAUGUGCAGUUAUUAUAUACUUGUGUGUGCAAAUGCCAAGAGAGAGAGAUUGAGAGAGAGAGAGAAUGUUUCGGUGACUCCAGUUGUAUUAUGAUAGCAAGCCUUUGAGUUACACAGAGCUAUUUGUUCCGCUUUUCACGUUUCUCUGCUACUAACAGCUUCGGGCAGAAAACGGACGAAAAAGUGCUAUUAAUAUCUUUGCUGAGCCAGACAGCCAGGGCUAAUCCCUGGCUGGAAAUGCUGAGUUUCCCAAACCUGCCCGAAAUUGGGUUACAGCCAUGGCUGCACUCUUUCAAACUGGAAAGAAGUGGGAAAAGAAGAGGCUCAAUGGGAAGAUCCUGGUAUGGCAUUGUUGGUAAGCGAGAGCUGCUUGUGGUGCAGCGGUUUGAGUGAUGGAUUUGACUUUGGGAGACCAGGGUUUUUAAUCUCAUCCAUGGAAACCCAUUGGGUGACCUUGGGAAGGUCACACUCUCUCAUAGCUUUUUGUGGGUUUUUUAGGCUAUGUGGCUGGGUUCUGUCUAGAAGGGUUUAUUCGCCAGUGUCUGUGGCAUUCUCCAAAGAUGCCGGCCACAGAUGCUGGUGAAACAUCAGGAACAAACUCUUCCAGAACGUGGCCGCAGAGCCCCAAAGACCCACAAAAACACUUCUGUAGGCAUUUGUAGGUCCUCCAGCAUGACUCUGUGAUCAACUUCUGGUCGAUGUGGGCCAUAGAGUUGCACUGGAGGACCUGAAAAUCCCUAAAGAGGUGUUCUCUUAGGUAAAAUGAACAGCCUUUUUCUAUGUGUGGUGUUUCUCAGAUUCAAAGGGGUCCUUCAAUCUUAAACCCAGCAAACGUGGAGGAGCCACUGCAGAAGAAGGCUUCAAAGGGGAGCCAUGGCAAGGGGCUGGGUGCCUUUAAGAGCCACAGGGGGCGUGGCUUGCAUUGUCCACGCCCCUCUCUGCAUAUGCAUGAGCCAAAAAAAUCCCCCCCCUCCUUUUCUUCUUUUGCAACCUGGGAGGAGGGAAGGCACAGCCUCCCUUUUGCAUCCAUCUCCAUUUGCUUCUGCAAGCCUUUCUCCUCGCCUGCAUCUGGAAGCCUCCUCCAUCGUCCAGGGCCUUUCUUCCUUUGCAAGCCCUCCGAGGACUCACCUGGCACCGGCUUAGCUUGCAUGGGAUUUGCAGGCUUGGGCUUGCCCUUGGCAUCUUCAGACCCUGGGGAAGCUUGGUGCUGCCAGCCUGGGUUGGCAAGGGGGGCAACUAGCCCUUCUGACCACUGGAUCUGGAAGGGAGACAUCCUUCCCAUUGCAACGCCCACUUUGCAAAACCCCAGCCUUGCCAGUUUAAAGAAGAAAGAAGGACCUUCCUUUGGCUGGCACUCAGUUGGCUACACUCAUCCUUGUUUUGCUCUCCAAGGAAGAAGGAGAAAAAGGAUCCGCCCAGGUUUAUUUUAUUUUUACCUUCCUUGCCCAGAGGAACUGAAUGCCCCCCUUUUUUAAAAGGAUGGUUUGCUUUAAUGGCAUCUGAUGGCUGCUUUGGAAAAGGGCUGGGGACUUCUCCAAGAAAGAAAGACUCCCGUGACUUUGACUGUUCCUAGGAAUGGGCCAGGACUGUGCCAGUUUCUCCUCCUGCCAGCCUAAGACUCUAGCCAUUGAAUUCUGGUUUAAUGGAGGAUAUUUUGGGUAUGUUUUAAUUGUACUGGUUGUUUGUUUUUAAAUAUUGUAAGCCCUAUGAGUCUCAAUUUUAGGAGAAGGCCGGGAUAUCAUCAUCACCACCACCAUCAUCAUCCUAGCCCUGGGGUUCCCCAUCGAUUUGCUGGCUAGGAUGCCAAGGAAGAUGCCAGCCUCUUCUGCCUGGUAUCCUUCCCUCCCUUGACCAACUCUGGUCCUCCUUUGGAGCAUCCAAAUCCUCCUUUGGAGAGGUGAAAGAGGGGGGAAACCGAAUAAAAGAGGUGUCCUGCUGGCUUGCUAGGAUGCCAAGGAAGAUGCCAGCCUCGUCUCCCUGGCAUUCUUCCUCCUCUUGACCUAGCUCUGCUCCUCCUUUGGAGCAUCUUCAAUUGGCGCAUCCUCCUUUGGAGCAUCGGAUGCUGAAAAGGGGGACCCUAAUAAAAGAGGUACCCAGGUGGCACUGGGGUUUCCCUGUGCCCCCUCUUGUUGGGGGAUGCCCACCGUGGGCCUUGGCUAACCCAUCCAAGGAGGAGAAGCUGAAAGGAGAGAAGAGAAGGAAGGAGAGACUCUGAGGCUUGCAAGAGCCCUGUCCAGCUUUGCCUUCCCUGGGAGGGAGGCUUUGCAAGGGCGAGGAAAAGGAAGGGCGACCGAGGGGUGUGUGCCUGUGUCCCUGUGCCACCUUAACCCCUGCCUCGCCUGCCUCCAAAAGGAAGAGACAGAAGAGCCAAGGCAACUGGAUGGGGAUGGGCUUUUCUCCUGGUUCUGGGCACCUUUGUGCUUGUGGUCUCCUUUUUCCUCUGGAAUCCCCAAAGGGUGAGGGUCCCUUGGUCUUCCUUUUGCAUCUCUGAAUCUUGAGGGCCACCGCCCUGGCAGAAGGAAAAAACCAACCCUCCUGGUAUUGUUCCUGUCGGUUUUGCAGCAUCCCCACGCCCUGGGCUUUCGCUCUCUAAAGGAAGAGGAGAAGAUUUUAGUACCAAAGGCUUCUUUUGGGGUGGACUCCAAGCAUCCUCUUUGGAUUCUAAGCCUUUUUGGGUUGCUGGGUAUUGCAAUCCUUGGCCCCUUGGCCCCUCUUUCUCCCGCCUUGUUUCCUUGGCAUUGCUAGCUUCCAAAGACUAUUCUGAUCCCCACCAUUGUAAUUUUUCUUUCUUAGUGUGGGGCCGAGACUCUGUAGCCGCCUGGCAAAGACAAAGAAGGGCCUCCUGAUGAUGGGCAUGGCAGUCCUCUGUCUGCAGCCAGAGACCUGGACCACUGCUGCCCUAGACUUGGAGGUCCUCGGACGUCGCAGAAGCAUGGGCGGCCCAGGAGGAGAAGCAAGGCGCCUGGAGGAAAGAGAUUGAAAGCCCCCCAUGGGACCCCAGAGCUGUGGAGCAAGGGUCUCCCUCUGAUGGUGCCAUGGAGCGCCUGCUGCUGUGUGUCUUGGUGCUGCUGAGCAGCUUGCUCGCCCGAGCCCAAGUGUGUCCCAAGCGUUGCAUGUGCCAGAACCUCUCGCCAUCCCUGGCUAUCCUUUGCACCAAGACGGGCCUCCUCUUUGUGCCCACGGUGAUUGACCGCCGUACGGUGGAGCUCCGCCUGACCGAUAACUUCAUAACUGUCAUCCGCCGGAAGGACUUCUCCAAUAUGACCAGCCUGGUACACCUCACCCUCUCCCGCAACACCAUCAGCCAAAUCCUGCCCUAUGCUUUUGCUGAUCUGCGGGGAUUAAGGGCCCUCCACCUUGACAAUAACCGUCUCCUCCUGAUUGGACCCGACCAACUCAAAGGGUUGCCCAAUUUACGCCAUCUCAUCCUCAGUAACAACCAGCUGCAGGACAUCUCCCCAGGAGCUUUCGAUGACUUCGCUGGCACCUUGGAGGACUUGGAUCUCUCCUACAACAACCUGGUGCAGGUCCCUUGGGACACCAUCCGCCGUCUCAACAAUGUCAACUCCCUCAACCUUGACCACAAUUUGAUAGAUUAUGUCCCUGAAGGAGUCUUCACCAACCUUCUCAAGCUGGCACGCUUGGACAUGACCUCCAAUAAGCUGAAGAAGAUCCCUCCUGACCCCCUCUUCCUCCGCAUCCCUGUCUACGCCAAGUCUAAAGGCUCCCCUCUCUCUUCACUGGUCCUCAGUUUCGGAGGGAAUCCAUUGCAUUGCAAUUGUGAGUUGCUGUGGCUACGGAGGCUCACCAGAGAAGAUGACUUGGAAACUUGUGCUUCUCCACCAGACCUCCUGGGGAAAUACUUCUGGACUAUCCCCGAGGAGGAAUUUAUAUGUGAGACUCCAUUCAUCACCCGCCAUACGGGGCCAUUAGUAGUGAUGGAAGGGGAAGGAGCGGUCCUUCGCUGCCGCGGGGUGGGUGACCCGGAACCUUCUAUCCAUUGGGUCUCCCGGGAAGGCAAAGUCAUAGCCAAUACUUCCCGGACCAUCUCCUAUGACAACGGCACCCUGGAAAUUCUCAUUGCCACUGUCCAAGACACUGGGAACUUUACAUGUAUUGCCUCCAAUGCCGCUGGAGAAGCCACCACUACCGUUGAGCUGUUGGUCAACCCAUUGCCUCAACUCUCCAACAGCACUGCUUCCAAGAUGCCUGAGGCCGCCGGGCCCUCUGAUAUCCUUACUUCGGCCAAGGCUGCCCUUCCUGUGAGUGCCAAUGAAACCGGGGCCACUCCAGAGAAGGGGGUGGCAGCUUCUGAGGUCUCAUCUUCCUCGGUGCUGAUCCACUGGUACCCUCAGUGGCAUGUUCCUGGCAUCCGGAUGUACCAGAUCCAAUACAACAGCUCCUCGGAUGACGUCUUAGUCUAUAGAAUGAUCCCCCCAACCAGCAAAGCCUUCUUGGUCAAGGACCUGGCCUCCGGACGGGAUUACCACCUGUGCGUCUUGGCCGUCUAUGAUGAUGGAGUGACCUCCCUUACGGCCACAAGGAGCCUCGGCUGCACCCAGUUCAGCACUCCGCAGGAUGGGCUGCAGUGCCAUUCUCUCCACACUCAAUUCUUGGGGGGUACCAUGAUAAUUAUAAUUGGGGGGAUCAUUGUGGCCUCUGUCCUAGUCUUCAUUAUCAUCCUUAUGAUUCGGUACAAGGUCUACAGUGCCCAAGAUGAGCACAAGAAAGCAAAGGUCAACAACGUCUAUUCUCAGACCAACGGCAACCAGCCUCCGUCAGCCACUGCCAUGCCCUGCUCAGCCUCCAGACCCGAGGGUUGGGCUGUGGACAGCUCAGCAAUGGUCAGGGCCAGGAGGGACUGCAGUGUCCUUGCAUUGAGCAAGGACUGUGAGAAAGGUUCAUGGACCCAGCCUCAGGAUACGGGGCCUGAAGAAGCACCAUCUCCUCGCAGGAGGAGGUGGUCACGGACUAACAUAGACUUCCAUAACAAUUGUUCUGGCCCCAGUCCUGAGGCCUCCAGAGCAGAAGAGCAAGAUGCCCAGCUGAUGCCCCCUGCUGGCGAGAGAAAGAAUGGUAGCGAAUGGACAGAUGUCAAGAUCUGAGCUCCGUCGAGGGGCCCACGGUGUGGGAACGAGGCACGGCUAGACGGGGACCCCAAGAUUGGUGUGUUUGCAAACAACCCCUCCUGGACAUCCCUCAGGUCUCUGGACCUCUCACCUCCGUGGGUCAACAGCAGGACUCCAAACUUGCCCACCUGUGUCGGAUUGGGUCCACCUGGGAGGGUUGAGCCGGGGCUGCCAGGAGGGGCCACACCAAGCGGCUGGGAGGUCCAAUCCCCCGUCUCCGCACCAUUCCUCAGCUCUCCCACUGCCACGGUGCUGCUAAUCCCAGGGGAACGUGGGAUGGCACCCUCCGGAUCCCCAUGCGCACCUUGCGUGGGAGAGAGGGGCCAGGGUCCCUGCGUUCGGUGGGGUCACAUCCACUCCCACGACUCUCACCGGCACCAUUUUUACCAGACUCACGCGUGGGCCUCUUUUCUAUGAAGCUCUUUCUGUUUUUCUAAACCAUGUCUGCAGUUUUCUAAUAAACGGAGUGGGAAAUGAGUGGUA